AUUAUUAAAUUUAACAUCGACGUAUAUUUUAUGUAUGUUGUGCUGUACUAGUUAAUUACAAAACUAAUGUACAAUUGACAAGAGAAAAUGAAGCCAUUUCAUUUUUUUUUGUCAUUUUUUCUACCAUUAGUUAUGUUCACUUAAUUUAAACCCACGACUAAAAAUAAUUUACUCUGGGUAAACAGAAACACUACUGUGUCAUAAACGUUCUGUUCAUUCUUUUCGUAUAAUAUAGGUAGUAGGUAUCUAUUGAAAAUUCAAACUAAUAUGGUGAGUUAAUUAUUUUUGGUGGUACUUAUUUUUCAUCAAAUUGUUUAUUUAAUUACAAUUUAAAAUAAAUACAAUCGCUUUUACAGUAUUACCCCAUUAUUAUUUUUACUAUAUUACAUUAUUAUCAAGAUUAGUAGGUACAUAUUAAUAUUCUAUUAGGAAUGAUGAAUUAAUUUGUUUAUAAAUUAGGAAAACACAUUUUUAUAUUAAGUUGUUUUUAAAACAUUUUAUAUGCAUUUAUUUACUACCAAUUAAUAUAAUAACUAAUUAAAAGAUCAUGUUAACAUAUCUGAUUGUUAACAUGUUAUAUAUUAUUAUUAACUGAAGGUAGAAAUUGUAGAUUGAUAAAGUUUUAAUUUUUUUUUUUUUUUUGCAGAUUAAACAAUUAAUAUAUUUAAAUUUAUGACAAUAACUUUAUACGGCAUAAGAAGGGAAAUCAAGUAAAAUGGCAAAAAUAUGAUUUUUUUUAAAUCUGUACUGAAAAUAUAUUUUUAAAUGUAUAUGUGACUAAGAGCUUUUAUGUAGGUUUUAUAAAAAAUUUGUAUUGUUAUUUAAUCUUUUAUUAUUAAUUACUUUAUUAUAUUCUAGUUAAGGUCUAAUAUACAUAGAAUGCACAAUUGGCAAAAUGAUGUCAUUAGAGAUAAUGGAACUGUUUACUGCAUUAGAAUCCAACAAUCCACAAAAAGUAGAAGUUGUAAAGCACAAAUUUCAUGAACAAUUCAAUAACAGUAAGAUAUAAUUAUUAUUUAUAUAAUAAAAAUAUGGAUAAUUUAUAAUAAAAAUAAUUUGUUAUCAAUAGUACGGGAACCAUGGCUGGUAAAUGGAAUGUAUGACUAUUUUAUGGCCACUUAUUCACAAAGAGCUGUAGAAGUAUUAGUAGCUGUUAGGGAACCACAUGACAAGUUUCUAUUUGAUAAGUAAUUGGACUUAAUAUCAAUACAUUUUUUAUUGAUUAAUUCACUGUCAAAAAUAUAAAUAUGUAAAUGUUUGAAACUAUUUAGACUUGGAAAUGGUUUGCAAAGUGCAAAUCGCCUUCAAGCACUUACAUUACUGGGUCACAUUGUAAAAAGACAACCAACAUGGUUGAUUAAAAUUACAAAUCAUUAUUUGCUUAAAGAAUUGAUAAAACUUUUAAAGGUAUGAAUUGUAACAAAUUAUAAUAAAUUAUAAUGAAUUACCUUAUUUGUAUUUAUUUUUCAGUCGGAAAAUGAAAUAAUCACAAUAACCAGUGCUUUACUUGUCCUAAAUGUUCUUCUGACUGUUAUUCCUGCAUUUAUUUCUGAAUUUCUGCCAGAUAUUUUUGAUGGAUUUAGGUACCUACAUAAUAUAAUAGCUUUAUUUGUUACAAUUUUUUUAAUAAAAUAAAAUAUUUUUAGUCGACUUGCUGCUUGGAAUACUUCACAAAAGAAUAGAGUUCCAGAAAUAUAUUUAUUCCAUCUUCAAAUAUCAUUAUAUGUAUUAUUUGUUCAGCUAUAUAGUAUGUAUCCAUGUUCAUUUGUUUUAUAUCUGAAACAACACUAUAGCACACCUGAUAAUCAAUUAGUUUUCACUCAUACUAUUAAAGUAAGACAUUUCUAUAAUAUAUUUUUAUAAAAUGUAAAUUAUAUAAUUUUUUUUAAAUUUAGCCUAUGGUAGAUACAAUGCGUAUGCACCCAAACUUGAUUUGUAGUAGCAAAGAAGUGGAAACGUCGGUUAAUAGGUAAAUAAAUAUUUAUUUAUUUAUUUUAUAAUAUUAAAACAACACCACACUCGCAUUUACUAUAUCUGUCUUGUGAAUGGACUAAAUCAAAUUUGCGCUUAGUAAAACACAUUUUGUGUCUUUAAUGUUUAUAUUAGAGUAAAUUGAUUUAUCAACAUUUUUUAUGAGAUUUUAAAUUUUAAGUGAAAUAAACAUUUAUUAAAUUGUGAUAUUUUACAUUUUCAAAUCGCACCUAACAUUUAAAAUAAUAAAAUAAAAAAAAAUUUGGUAAUAAGGCAAUUUACUCCAAUAUUUAAACCAAUAGGAUAAAAUUUGUCUGAUCUCAAAUUUGGUAAUUUGGUAUUUAUAAUUCAGAGUCAAAAAAUAAAUGUGUAGUGUUCUCUUAAUUAAACAAGUUAUUUAUAAAUCAUUAAUGCACUCCUAGAAUUGGUUAUUAGUAGGGACCAGAUUUAUAUUCUCUUACAAUCCACAAAAAAGCAUUUACCAACCUUAUUUAAAAAGCAAAAAAUUAUAGAAAAGUUUCAAAGUCCCCCCUCCCCCACUAAUGGCUCUAAAAAUUGAUUCAUACAAAAUAAUUUCUUUAAAAUAAAUUAGUACAUAUUAUAAAAAAAAAAAAAAAAAAAAACUUUUUAUUUAUCAUUUUUGUGGUGUUACAAAAUUAUAUUGAUAAAUUAAAUCUGCUAGAGGAGAGAGACUAUUAAACCCCUCUAUUAGUUUUGCGUUUUUACAAAUUUUUAAAGUGAGUUUUUCAAUGCUUUUUGACGUUUUCAAGUGCUUUUUCAUCGAUUUUAACAACAUAUCAAUCCAGUCUCUAGUUAUUAUAUUGGUUAUAUAAUUAAUCUUUUAUUUUUUGUUCAAAAUUGAUUUUAACUUGGUAAGUUAAAGAGUUAAGAGUUAAGUUAAGUUUAAGAGUUUCAAUUUUUUUCAGCAUCUCUGACUUUAUAAGAAAUUCUUGCUCUUCAACUAUUUCUAUUCAUUUCUAAUUAAAUUAUUAAAUUCUAGAUUUUGGGUCCUUUUCUAAGUUGCUCUUUGACUCGUGUAUAACUACUCUGUCAGCAGAAUUUUUUUUGAAUUUACAUUGUUUUUAUAAAAUAUAUAUAUUUUUUUAAUAGAAUAGGUACACUUAUAUUUUAUACUAAUUUUAAAUUGUUUUCUUAUUUUUUUAAAUACAACUAUUUUAAGGUGGAAAAAAAUGGAACAACAUGAUGUUGUUAUGGAAUGCACAAAAUAUACAUUAUUGGAAAAUGGGGAUAGGAACUAUCAGAAUCCUUCAAGUUGGACAAAUACUGGAUCAAGCUUUUCAUCAGCUCUUGGUAAUAUUUAAUUAAGUUCAAAUAUAAAAUAUUAAUAAUAAUUAUAAAUAUCACUUUGUAGUGAUAAUAUUUUUAAUGAAAUGUUGUGCUUUUUAUAUUAUUCAUUUUAUCAAUGAAUUUUAAACAAACCAAAGUAAAAGUUAAACUUUUAUGAUUUUGUUGAUAGUAAUAAUUUAUUUUCUAUUGGACAUCUAAUGAUACAUUUAAAUAUAAUUACAAUUUGUAUGAUGUGUGUAGUAUCAACUCCCCAUUCAGGAUAAUCUCUUAUUGGUUAAAUCAGAGUACUAAUAAAAAAGAUAUUAUAAUCACCAAAAAUAACAAUGUCUAUAAUGAAAACAUGAAGAUAUUUAAAAGUGAAAAGCAUAGAAUAUUAGUAGUCAUUAUUUAAUAAUUUUACCAUUAUAUAUUUACCAUCAUACACUUAGUUUAUAAAUUGAUUGUUUCAUGGCUUAACUAUAUUUCAGCAUACUUUUUGAAUUUCGUGUAAGAUUUGCAAUUCAUGAUACGUAUUAUAUAUUUAAUUAAUAGUUUAAACAUUAAUAGUAAAUUAAUAGUAAAAAAACACCAACUUGAUUUUAAUGCUCUAUAUAAUUUUUUUGUUGUAUAAUAAAGUGCUUUAAAUAUAAAAUGCUUGAACAUUUGUUAGAAGGUUCAUUAUAAAUCGUACUUGGUGGUAAAAAAAAUUUUUUUUUUUAAAAGUUUAAAAAUCAAAUUUUGAUGUAAAUCAUAAAUAUUAUACCUUUCAAAACAUGUAUAACUUAACUUCGCUCUGAAUCGUUUUUCAUUACCAAUGGUUUAUCGUUGGUCAGAGGUAUAAAUUAAAUAACUAUGUAUCCCACCUUCCCAGUAUCAUCUCAUUUUUUGAAUAUGAAAUACAAAAAUCAAAAUUAUUUAUCCAAUUUUGGUAUAUGUCUAUAUAAAAUUAAACUAUAUUUAUUAACUUUACAAAUUUAUGUUUGUGAAAAAUACCUGUUGUACAUUUUAGAUGAGUGUAGGGAAAAAGCUUAUGAUUUUACAAAGAUGUUAAUUUUUUUUUUCUUUUUUAUCUGUAUGCAACAUUUCUACCAAAAGACUUGCUCAGAUUUCUACAUGUAGUACCUUUUGUGAAAGGAAAUCGGUGUGGGGAGGUAAUUUUUCGAUUUUCUCAUCAAAUUUGAAAAACCAAAAGAUAUCCGGAAGAUAUAAGACAUGUAGGUAUUAGUUAAAAUAUAUUACGGUCUUAUUUUUUUUUGUGCACAACUUUUCUACCAGCAGUUUUACUCCAACUUUAAAUGAUAGCGGUGAAUUUAAAAUGAAAUUUCACUAGGGAGGUACUUUAGAGAGAUAAUAUUUUGAUUUUCCCAGUAAAUGAGAGAAACUGGGAUAAGAUAAGAAAAACAAAAAAAAAAAAAAAAACUGAAAAAAUUGGUACAACAUUAAACAAAUUUUAUUAAAGAAAAUAUAUAUAGCCUAUUUAAUUAUUUUAUCGUUUUUUUCGUAAAUAAUGGUUUAUCGUUGCUUACAGAUAUACAAUAAAUUCCCAUCAAUAUCCUACCUUCCCAAUUUCCCACCUACACCUGUGGCUACAUCCAUCCCCAUUAUUUUAAUACUAAUAUAGUAUUAAAUAAAUUAGAUAUUAUACAAAUUAAUUAACAUUUUAUAGUACUUUUAAGAAUACAUUUUUUUAAAUUUUACAUUUAGAUGUGUUAAAGUCCAGUGUUGGUGCAACUGGAGAUAUAACUAGUGUAAAUAGUGUACGGAAUAAAGAAUUAUGGAGUCCAAUGUCACAUUGUGGAGAAUUCUAUAAAGAUACUAUUAAAUCUAUGCCAACAACUCCUAAUUUACAGGUAAAGAUAAUAUUAGUAGUAUUAUUUUAAUAAUUUAAUUGUAUUUUACAAUUAAUUAAUUACAAUAAAUAUUUUUAUUGUAAUUGUACUUUUAAAUUAUCAUUGGCUAAUUUACACAUUUAUUUAUUAUAUUAAAGAAUUUUUAUAAAGCGCCAAUUUUUAAUCACAUGGAAUAUUCACAUUCACCCCCAGAAGCUGCGGUAGAAGCUACACCAGAAACAACUCCUAACAGGGUAAAUAUUUUGUGUAUCAUUUAUUAAAAAUAGCUUGUUUACAAUUGGUGUUACUUAUUUAAAUACUAAAUAUAGUACUUUCAAAUGAAUGUCAUCAUUAUUUUAAAAAAGCUGUCCUAGGAUAAUGGGGACUGGUGUAGUCACUGUUGUAGGUGGGAAGUUGGUAAUGUAGGAUACAGAAGGGAAUUUAAUGUAUAUCUGUUAACGAUAAACCAUUGCUUUACGAAAAAGUGAUUCUGAGUGUUGUACAGUUAUGAUACUUUGUCAACAAUAUAUAUGUCAUUAUGGUAAAAUAAUUAAAUAGGCAUUAUAAAUUUUCUUUAAUAAUAUUUGUUUAAUAUGGAACCGAAUUUCUGUUUACAUACGUUUUCCCAGUUUUUUACAUUUGCUGGGAAAAUCAAAACAAUCAUUGUAAAUUUGCUGUCAAUGUAGCUCAAGAGAAUCUUCCCAGUCAGAUUUCCUUUUAGUAAAAGUGCUAUCAUUGUAAAUUGGAGCAAAGUUGCUGGUAGAAAAGUUAUUGACAAGAAAAAAAAGGCUGUAAUAUUUUUUAACUAAUAUUUAUUUAUAUUUAUUUUAUUAUUUACGGGCAUUGCGCACAAUUAUAGCAUAUAGUUGUAAGCUAAACAUACAGGAAAAAAAAAAACAAAAACAAAUACAAAUUAAGAAAGUUUGCGAUAGACAUACAACGCACUAUGCAGUUUAUUCAAACCACAGAGUGUAAAUGAAGGAGGAAUAAGAUAUGAAUAUGUAUGGCGUGUCCUGCGUGAAGAGACUUUGAAUGAUAUAGAUGAAAGGAGAGGAGAGGAAUUAAUAUCACUAUAUAUAAGCUUAGUUAAAAACUUGAGAUUGGCCUGAUGUCUCCUAUCUGCCAAUGAGUCAAGGCAGAGGCUUUUAAUAGGUGUGUAAUUGUGGAUGAGGGAAAUUAAUCUUAAGGCUGUAACUCAUGAGUUUAAAAAUUUACACUAGACACGUUCUAUAUAAAGAAGAGUGCGUAGCUGCUGUGGGGUUCCAAAUAGAACAGUAUUUGAGAGUUUGUUUAACAAAAGCACAGUAAAUGACUUUCAGAGAGGAAGUAAAUCUAAAUUAGGCCAAAAUACUCUUAAUGAUCCCGAUGGUAUUAAGAGCUGUACAACAUAUAGUUUCGAUGUGUAAACACUGAUUCAUAUAGUAAAUACAAGUCGGUAACUAAUUUAUCAAGGAGAAAGGUGGCUGUUCCAUUAAUGUUAUAGCCAUAGCUGAUAUGACUUCUACGAUGAGUGAAAAUCUUAAAAUGACAUUUUGAAAUAUUAAAGGAUAAGCCAAGUUUAUAUGCCCAUGAUGUAAGACAGUCUAAAUUACUUUGGAGUUUGAAGCAAUCAUUUAAUGAUUUAAUAUGGAAAAAUAAUUACUCAUACCUAUAUUUCAUACAUUUUCCAAUUUUUCCUUAGUUUUUUUUUUCCGGUUUUUUACAUUUGAUUAGAAAACUUUUAUAAGAGAAAAUUGAAAAAUAACCUUAAAGAUCCUCCGUACAUUACCUUUCAGAAAAAGUGCUAUACUGAAAAAUCAGAACAAAAUCUUUUGUAGAAAAAUUGUCUACAGAUUAAAAAAAAUAAACAUCUUUGUAAAACCAUAAGCUUCUUCGCUCCACUCAGAAUCUAAAAAAGUAUACUUAAGAUAGAAUUAAUAUAAUUAUGUUGAAUAUUUUAUUUUAUUAUAAUUAUGAAUUAAUUAAUGUUAUGAAGAUAUGAAACAAUACAGAUUUCCUUAUCUUUUUUUUUACACAUACACAAUAUAUAAAUUUAGAGUAUUGUCAAAUUAAGUUUUUAUAAUUUAAGGACUAGAAUUCAAAAGGUGUUCUGGUCAGUUUCAUAUAAACUUCACGUUGAAUUGAAAUCUUAAGUCUAAUAGCUUCUUUACAACAAUCUAAACAUUGGUUUACAUUGUUAUGCUUCAUAUUAUGUGUAAAUAUAGAUGACAGAAUCCCUAGUCUGUAUCAAAUCCCCUUAAUUUAUUUGAAUUAAAAAAAUAAUAAUUUUUGUCAAUCUUAUUAUAAGUCUAUAAAUAUUUUUAUUUUUACACAAAACUUAAUUUUUCUCUCAGUAUUAUGUUUUAGUAAAUAAGUCAUUUAUUUAUUCUUAAUAAUGUUUAUUUAUGAGUUAUGAAAGUUUAUAGUUAGUUAAUAAGAUACUCUCUUAUUUUUAACAUUCUAUUAACUUUAAUUAAUUUAGAUUCAGAGCAGAGCCACAUUUCUACUUGAAAUCUUGCCCAAUCAAAAAAUGACAAGGGAACCUCUUUUUUUGUAUUUUGGAUCUAGUUUAGUAAAAAAAGUCACGUUUUUAGGACUUUUAAACCAGUUUUCAUAAUAAUUUGGAAAUUUUACAGCAAUAAUGAUUUUUUUUUUUUUUUGUAAAUAGGCUAAAAAUUAUUUACCUUUUUAAAGAAUACUUAUUUUGCCCUUUUAUAGGCAUGGUAAAAUUAUCUUAACAUUUAUUUUUAAACAAUUUAUAGACACAUUUGAUAUUUAGAGUCUUGUAAAUUCUUAUUUGGGUUAAUGUUGAUAAAAUUGUUUAAUUGACAGAAAUAUAUUAAAAUGCUUUAAAACACAAAAGUUAUAAGUAAAUUAAUGGUAAAAAAAACUGUGUAAUGAAGUAGUUUUUUUUAUAAUUGUUUUAUGAUCCAGUUUUGUUGAUAAAUGAAAAUAUUAUCGUAUUUCAAAACACGUAUAAUUGAAUUUCACUCAGAAUCGUAUUUCGUUUAAAAUAAUUUAUUGAUACUUUUUCAAAUAUAAAUUAAAGUACUUUAUGUAUCCUAUUCCCAUAUUCCCAAACUGCAUUUGCAACAUUGGUGUACCCAUCAGUAGUAUUGACUCUUUUUUUAUUUUAAAUCUUUAUUUUUCUAAUAUUGUACAUUAUUUACUAAUUUUUUUUUAGAAUAAUAUAAUUAAUUUAAUAGAAUUUAUAUUUUAAUAUUAUGUUUACUUUUUUUUUUUUUAUGUAUAUACAUUUAUUUUAAUUAUUAUUUUGGUAGAAUUUCUUAGAUUUGAGUUGACAUUAUUAGUCAAGGUUUCUCCAAUAUUAUGUGUAAUAUUUAGAACCUUAUUUUCUCCCUAAAUUAUGAAGUUUUCUUUUAAUUAUAUAUAUUUAUUUAUUUAUUUAAUAAAAUAAUGACAUUGAUUUGUUUAUGGGUAUUUGUUUGAUGACACACACAAAGAGUGCAGUUUUCUUCAGACUACUCUUGUGAACUCAGCAUUAAAGAUAUGUAUAGAAAUGUAUAGAUUCAUUGAUUUAAUGAAACCAGAUUAUGCAUUAUAAAUUACUAUUAACCAAAAUAAUAUUGAUAUAAUUUUUGAUGAUGACCUUUUUUGGAAAUGAACAAUUUUGUGCAACUAUCAUAUUAAGUAUAAGUCAUUAAAAAAAUCAAAUAAUUGUUCAAAUGAAUUGUUUUAUUUGAAUAUCUGAUAAUACUGGUUUCGGUGCUAAACUAUUCAAGUCAGUUGGCUAAGUAAUUUUUAAGUGCACAAUUUGGCAUCAUUAAUUCAAUUUGUAUUGUGUAAUUUAUUUCUGUUUAAAUAUAAUGUUUAUGCAUUAUUUUAGAAAAUAAGAAGUGCUUACAAAUGUUGAUGAACUGAAUUAUCAAACAUUGUUGAUCAAAUUGUAUACAUGUUAAUUUUAAUAUUCAUAAUAAAUAACAUAUAGUACAAUUCAAUUUUUAAUUACUGUUAUAUAGAACUAAUGUUUAUGAUCUAUGCAGUUUGUAUGAGCUAUUUAGGUUAAGAUAAAGUAAAACUCAUCUACUCCACCAUAUGAGUUUUAAAUUUAAUUAUGUAUUACUCUAUGUCUGUAUCAUUAAGAUCGUCAAAUAAUAUUAUUUUAUUAUAAGUUAUAUAUAAGUCUACCAUGAUUUUUUUUUUUUUUAGACAAUUUAAAGUUAGUUGUAAAAAAAUUGAAUUAAAAUUGUCAAUUUUAAUUUUGAUGCUAAUUUAAAAAAAAUAUUGAAUUAUCGUCCUAUUUAAUCAAAUAUUCUAAUAUUCUCCAUGGUGGCUGUAUAAACGUCUUCAAAAAAAUAUUUCUUCUGUCGCUUCAUAUAUGCUCAAUGUUUCAAUUACAUGUAUUAUGACUUAUUCAAAAUAAUGUUGAAAGGAUGUUAUAAAUCAACAAUCACGAUUGCCAACUAUAAACUCCACUGUAGUCAGAGCAUUGAAUUCAAUGGGCUUAGAAAACUUAUCUAGGCGAAAUUCAUCAACACCAAAUUCUCAACCUAGUUCACCAUUGAAAAAAGAAGGGUUGUUUUUUCCUCCAGAAGACUUUCAAUCACAAGCGCUUGUCCGUAGAAUGGACAAAAUGAUAAUGGAACGUAAUCAGGUAGAAUUAGGUCAAAUUAUCAAAACACAAUGUGAUUAAAAAGAUAUUAUUUAUUAUUAAAUAAAUAUAAUUUCUACUGAUUCAUAUUUUUAAUUUUGGAACGCUUAUUUGAUUUAAGAUUACAGAUUCAACUAAGGAAGAGAACAAUGCACGUUCUGAGCCAAAACCUAUUGCAGCCCAAAUUCAACAGACAAGUAAUCCAGAAAUAAUACAAGUAACAUACUUAUUACUGUAUUUAAUUAUAUUUUGACUUUUGGAUUAAUUAAUAGUAAUAAAUAAUGUAUUUCAUUAAUAUUUUAAAGACUGGAGAUGAAGAUGUAAUUGAAUGCGAUCAACAGAGUAAUGGAUCACCUUGUCAAACUCAUGAAGGAGGAUUACAUAUGCCUGAUACUUCUACCAUCAAAGAAUUUGUAAAAAUUGUUCAAACACGGAAACGUUAUCAUAGUCAAUGUACCCCAGAGAAAACUAUAGAUGGUAUGUUUAUUUUAUUUUUAUAGAAGUGGGAUCUCGAUAAGUCAAGAUAAAUGAUUUUCCUUUGUGAAACCCUUGAUAACUCUAAAGGAAAAUUAUAGAGAACUCCAAUAUUCUGUGUUUCAAUUAUAAACAGAUCAUUUUUAUAAUCAUUUGUUUAAUUAGCUUGUGCGUCCCAUAAUUUUACACAGUGACAACUCAUAAUGAAUACAUUUGAAUUAUAUAAUUCAUCAAAAAAUGGGUGGGUGGAUCAUGGGUGUCUGGGUGUCCAGUAAUAUGUCAAAAAUAUUAUGUUUUAACAAAAUAAAUUUCAUUAAAAGAAUUUGUGAAAUUUGACAAAUUUUAUUGGUAUUUGUUAAAAUUUGUUAAAAUAAAUUUGUGGUAGGGUGUGGCAUUUCGGGUUGGCAAAGGUAGGUGGGUAAAAAAUUAAAUUGAUGAUUUAAGUUAAAAAUACUUAAAGCUGCCACUUAUAAAUCUAAUAAUUUUUUGGUCAUAUAAUUUUAAAAUAAUUAUUUAAUAACAAUACUCAUUGUGUUUAUAAUAUUAAAAACUAUACUACGUGUAUACUUUUUAAAAACUCUAAAUCAAAUUUUUUUUUAAACCUUGAUAAUUGAAAAACCUUAGUAAGUUGAAAAAAUUGCAUUUCAGUUGAAUUUCUACUUAUUGAGGUUCCACUGUAUUUUUAUUAAUUAAGAGUACGUGACCUAUGCAUUUGUUAUUUGUUUUCUCUGUCUUACAACCAUGUGACAUAGUAAAUUUGCAUUUGUAUGGAACAACUUUAUGCUGUUAAGUCUUGUAAUAGGUUAAUUCUCUGUAAUAUUAAAAUGUAAAGUUGUUCCAUGUAAACGAAAAUUUGCUAUGCCACGUGAUUGAAAGAUGACAACAAAUGUAUGGGUACCAUCCUCUUAAUGUAUUUUUCUACAUGUUUAAAUAUAAAGUUAUACAUUUGUAAUUAUAAAAAAAAUAUUUUUGUUUUAGGACAAAGUACUGGCAGUAGCCCUAUAAAUGGCCAAGAAUUUCCAUCCCUUAGUGUUAGAAGGGCAAAUUCAUGUCCUGAAAUAAAAAAAGCAAAUGGGAGUAGUAUUUCUUCUGGAACUUCAGCAUUACAGGAAGAAAUUGAAGAAGAUCUUGGGGAUGGUAUACAUGUUAGUAAUGGCCAUACUAGUGAAAUGCCUGUAAGUUUGUUAAUUUUUAAAUUAUAUUUUAACUGAAAUAAAAUAAUUACUUACUUAAUAUACAGUUUAAUUUUUUUUUUUUUUAGAAAAAUGAGGUACCGAAACUGAACCAAACUACUCAAACAGACAAUAAAGAACUACCUUAUGAGCAUUUAUUUUACAGUAUAUUUCCUGAAUAUAAUGAUACACUCAAUAGUAUGUUUAUAAUUAUCUUAUAAAUUUGUUGUAGUAUCUUAAUAUUUUUUUUUAACUUAUUGUAGGUAUUAAAGGUCAACAAAAUACUAUUAAUAAUCAAGAAGAUAAUUCUUUAUGCUUAAUAGAAAAAUAUGUACGGACAUCUGCAAUAGUACUUAAGCAUCGCCAUACAGCAGAAUCUACUGACAAUGUCCAACUAUUAAAAAGCCAAAUUGUUUUGUUAACAUUACAAUUACAAUUUGAACGUAAUCGUAGGGAAGUUCAUGCUGAACGGAAUCGAAGGCUUUUGGGUAAAUCUCGGAGUAGUCGGGCACUAGAUGAACAUAAUUCUGCUUUGGUCAGUCUAAUAUUAAAAUUCAACAAGACAAAAUAUCUCAAUGAAUAUUAAUAAUGCAUUAAUUUUACAGAAAGAUCAGGUUUCAAUGCUGCAGGUUGAACUAGAAAAUGUAACAUCAGGUUAUGAACAAUUUAGGCAAACAUCUUCAAAACAAAUUAAAGACCUUCAAGCAAGUGUAUCACAUUGGAAAAGUGAAGUUAGAACAUUUUUAUUGUUAUGCUUAAUUGUAGGAUUUUAUUAAUUAAUUUGACAUUUGUUUUGAUUAAGUGUUUAAAAUAUCAAGAGGAAACUAAAGAAGCCAAAAAUAAUUGUCUUUCGUUAGAACAACGUUAUAAUGGAGAGAGAGUUAAGACUGCUGAUGUUACCAAAGUUAGUGUAUUGAUAAAAAUAAGUUGAUAUCUUUAAUUUCAAUUUGUUUUUCUUUGUAGCAAUUAUCUGAGACUAAAGCAGAGCUGUUCAAUACUUUAAGUGAGUUAUCUAUUGUACAAGCAACAGCUGAUAUGAGUAAAGAACUAAAAAAUACAGUGAUAAAUUUGCAACGUGAACUAGUCAUGUGUGGUGAGUUGCAAUCUCGACAACGCGAUGUUGUGACUCAUAUAAAUGCUCUUAGGUACGAUGCUACCAAUGCUAUGUUAAGUCAAGAAUCAUAUAGACAUCAUUUGAAUGGUAUGUUUGAUAAAAUAUUAAGUAAUUUUUAUAUACAUAAUAUAACAUGUACAUAAUAUACAUUUUUGAUAAUAGAGCUUCAAGAUAAGCUAUACAAUAAGUCUGCGCUAUUAGAUGCAUCAAAUGCUCGUAUUGCGGAUUUAGAACUAAGAUUAAAUACUAAGAACGCAAAUUUGCAGAAUGAUAAACGAGAAAUAGAAUUGGUAAAAGAACACUAUAAUCAUCAACUGUCUAAACUAAAAGAAGAAUGUAGAAUUUUGAAAGAAAUGCAAUGCCAGUACAAAGAAAAUAAAGAAGAAGAAGAAUCUAAGAAUAAAUUUCUUAAAGACCUACCCAAGUUCAAUUCUGAUGUAGCUCUGGUAGAAUCAAGUACCUCAGUAAGUGAUCAAGACACAAAAUUUAGGCUUAAUAUGAUGUUUGCAAAUAUCGAUGAAAGCCGUGAUGAUGCCCCUGCUAUAACUACAACUCUAAAGUAAAUAAAAAAAAAUUUAAUUAUUGUUAAUAAGUGUACAGUGUUUAAAAUAAUAAUCUGAAUAUUAUAAUUUAAUUUAAUUUAUUUGAAAUAAUACAUAUUAUUAACCUCCAAAAAAAAAUAUUUCAAAAAUGAUUAUUUAAUAGCAAAUGCUGUUCAUUAAAGAAUCUGGAAUUUUUCAUCAAAUGUUUUGAAAGUUUUCGUUUCAUUGACAUGUAUUAAUUUGUUGUAUUCUCCAUAUUCUAUAGGUAAUAAUAAAAAUGUAUAUUGUUUUUAUCUACUGUUUUGACUAUGAUAAAAUGUUGGAUAAAUAAAAACAUCUUAUUGCUUUUUAAUUAAAUAUUUUUAAAUGUUUUAUUAUUGAUUAUUUAUUAUAAAUUAUUAUAAUAGUAUUUGGAUAGCUAUAGAAAAUGUCAGUAGAUCAGAUCAUAUUUUAUUUUAUGUCCCUUAUAAAUGUUCAUCCUUAAUGCUUAGUUCAAAGAAUAAUUUUUAUUUCAUUAAAUUUCAAAUUGAUUAUUUAAAAUAUUUUAAUAUGGAUUUUUCUAUACCAAUUGGUCUAGUAUUGUUGAUUUAUAGAAUAACUACAGUUAUUCAUAAAUAACUAAAAUAAUAACUUAUUAAAAUGUUUACAUUCUUUCUAUUUUGGAGUAUAACAUUAAAUAAUGUUGAACAAUAUUAAAGUUUCUUAUUGCAAAGAGGGUAUUAUGUUUAUGGUUCAUUCAUCUAUUUUUAAUUAUUUCUAAAACAAUUUAAAUUGAAUAAAAAUUAAUAAUUUUAAACAUAAAUAUUGUUAUUCAUGGCUAGUCUAAUCCAUUUUAAUUUGUUUUCAGGUAAAAAAUGAUCUCAAUAGUAUGGUAUUGGAUACUUAACAUCAUUUAAAUAGUGGAUUUAAGUGUUCGGUGUACAAGGAUACUUCAAAUAAAUAAUGCCCAAAAAUUUCAUAAAAUAAUUAUUAUUUCCUGCAUUUUAUACAUUUAUUUUCCAAUACUGUAAUAAUUUUUAAGUUAAAAUGUUUAAAUAUUAAUAUUUUUUUUACUCGUGGCAUUAGUAAAGUUAUUUUCAUACAUUGUUUUUACAUUUUAUGAGUGUACAUGUGUGUAAAAAAGGUAAUAUCCCGUAGAAAUUUAAAUGUUUAUCCUGUCUAACCAAUGAUUUUGAAUUACUCAAAAAUGUUUACACAGAUUAUUGACACUACUAUUGAUAAUUUAUUAUAACUGACAGCUUACUGUGCAUUGGAAUUUUGAUUUCAAAAUUCUUUAAACUACUAAAAUAAUAUUAAUGAGAUAAAAAAACAAAAACAAAAAAAAUGAUGUUUAAAUAAAUGAUAUAUAUUUUGAAUAAGAAGAUUUUUUAGACUAGCUUUUAAUAUAAGCGAUCAUUUUUAAUUGACAUUUGUUUCAUUUGUACUUUUU